AUGGGAUUGGUGCACCUGGGUAUAGGAAAUAUAAAAUUAUCGAAAAAAGAAGAUUUAGUAUUAUAUAGUCUCCAUCCUGAUAAUAAUGGAGGUCCAUUUGGUUCUGGUUUCAUUAAGAGGGAAAUUAAGGUCGAUUUAAAGAUCAAUCAUGAAGGUGAAGUUCGUCGUGCACGUUAUAUGCCACAAAAUUCUCAAAUAAUUGCAACAAAAACGUCUUUACCUGAUGUAUUAAUCUUCAAUAUUGGUAUACAUCGAACAAGUACAGCACAAACGACUGAAUGUAAUCCUAUAUUACGUUUACUAGGUUAUGCUACAGAAAGCUAUGGUUUAUCAUGGAAUCCCGAGAAUACUGAGGGAGAGUUACUUAGUACAGCUGGUGCUGAUAGAAUUUGCUUGUGGAAGAUCAAUAGGCAAUCAGGAGCAGGAAUAAACUGUCCUCCUUACUCGACUUAUAAGGGUCAUACAAAUGUUGUUAAGGAUGUUGCAUGGCAUUGUGAAAAAGAAGAAGUAUUCGGCUCUGUAGGUGAUGAUCAACCGCUUAUGAUUUGGGAUACACGAUCCGAUAGUUAUUCAAAACCAAGUCUUAGCGUUAUUAAUGCACAUACAGAUAAAUUUAACUGUGCUCAAUGGUCACCUCAAAAUAAAACAAUAUUUGCAUCGAGUGGUUCAGAUCGGCGACUUUGUAUUUGGGACUUCAGCCUAGCCCAAAUCCAUCAAUCAGAAACACCAGUUCAUGGAGAAAAUGAUCCACCUGAACUAUUGUUUACUCAUGGCGGACAAUCAAAAAUAUGGGAUUUUUCUUGGAUUCCAAAUGAACCAUCGCUCAUUUGUCCUGUAUGCGAAAAUAAGACGGCUCAAGUUUGGCAAAUGCUAAUUUUAUUAUACUAUUAA